AUGAUGGGAUCUUUUCUUUCAAGAACUUUGCUAAUGGUUUUUGGAUAUGCAUACCCGGCUUACGAGUGUUUCAAAUCAGCAGAGAACAACACACCAGAGAUUGACCAACUCCUGUUUUGGUGUCAGUACUGGAUUUUGGUGGCUAUGUUCACAGUUUGUGAGAGAGUUGGCGAUGCCUUCAUUUCCUGGUUACCAAUGUACGAUGAAGCUAAGUUGGCAUUCAUUAUAUACCUUUGGUACCCAAAAACAAAAGGAACUAGUUAUGUUUUUAAUUUCUUAUUGCGACCUUAUGUCUCAGAACAUGAGACAGAAAUUGAUCGUAAGUUGUUAGAGGUGAACGUUAGGGCCAAAGAGAUGGGUCUUCUCCUGUGGCAAGAAGCUGCUAGUUAUGGGCACACUAAGUUUAGUGAUAUUUUGCACUACUUUUCUUCUGAGUCAGCAUUACAGCCUCAGGCUCAGCAACAGCAACAUAAUGAUGGGAGCGAUGGCGCCAAAGAACUGCGGCCUGAACAAUAUCAGUUGGGUUCAUCCAGUGAAGCAGUAGAAGCAGGAAACUUGCCAAUGUCAACAUCUCAAGUAAGCUCCAAAACUAGUCAAUCUGCCAGACAAGUUACAUGUUUGGAAACAAAAACAGUGGCAAUUGAACCAGCGUCUUCCUUAGAUUAUGAAAAUAUAAAUUCAAAGGCCAUUUCUAAGGAAGCUACCCCGCGGACACGGAACAAAUGGAGGAUAUUUCGGGCUGCAUCCAACAGAUAAACACACUUAGUCUUUUCUAUCUUAUACAAUUGAUGAAUUCAAUUCUUAUACGAAUGUUCCAUGACUUUGAGCUUAAGGAAAGUAAAUUGUUUGUCCAGAUGGAACCAAACACAAAA